AUGCCUCAUUCUCUUGCAACUCUCCUUUCUACUGCUUCCAUCCUCUCUUUCAUUGCUCUAUUCCCAAGAGUUGCAUCCCGUGACACUCUAUCACUGGGUUCCACUCUCAGAGUUGAAUCCUACGAAACCAGCAUCUUACAAUCAUCAGAUGGGACCUUCUCCUCUGGCUUCUACGAAGUCUAUACCCAUGCCUUCACAUUCUCAAUUUGGUACUCAAAGGCAGCCAACAAGACCAUUGUCUGGAGUGCAAACCCAGACCGUCCCGUCCACGCUAGGAGGUCGGCUAUAACCUUGCACAAGGAUGGCAACAUGGUGCUUACGGAUUAUGAUGGCGCAGUCAUGUGGCAAGCUGAUGGCAACUUCACGGAUGUUCAGCAUGCUCGGCUCUUGAACACUGGGAAUCUCAUCAUUGAGGAUUCAAGAGGUAAUACUGUCUGGCAAAGUUUUGAUUCAACAACAGACACUUUCCUACCAACACAGCUCAUCACUGCUACAACCAAAUUAGUCCCUACAACUCAAUCGCAUAGUCCUGGUAACUAUAUCUUCCGUUUCAGUGACCUUUCAGUACUAUCACUUAUAUAUGAUGUGCCUGAAGUUUCAGACAUAUACUGGCCAGACCCUGAUCAAACUCUCUACCAGGAUGGUCGAAACCAGUAUAACAGUACAAGGUUAGGAAUCCUUGGUAAUGAUGGGGUGCUUGCAUCGAGUGACUUUGCUGAUGGUCAACAACUUGUGGCCUCUGAUGCAGGAUCAGACAUUAAGAGAAGGCUGACUCUUGACCCCGAUGGUAAUCUCCGUCUCUAUAGCCUGAAUGAUUCAGAUGGAUCAUGGUCAGUUUCAAUGGUAGCAAUGUCUCAACCUUGCAAUAUUCAUGGUUUAUGUGGUCCUAAUGGAAUCUGCCAUUACUCACCUAAACCAACAUGUUCAUGCCCACCAGGUUAUGCGAUGAGAAACCCAGGUAACUGGACUGAAGGAUGUAUGGCUAUUGUCAACAUAACCUGUGAUGACUAUGACAAAAAUUCUAUGAAAUUUGUGAAACUUCGAAAUACAGAUUUUUGGGGGUCAGAUCAGCAACAUCUUCUGUCAGUUUCUCUUCAAACUUGUUGGAAUAUUUGCAUCAGUGACUGCACCUGUAAAGGCUUUCAAUAUCAGGAAGGUACAGGAUCAUGCUAUCCAAAAGCUUAUCUUUUCAGUGGAAGAACCUACCCAACAUCUGAUGUACGAACAAUAUAUCUCAAGCUUCCAACAAGGGUUAAUGUUUCGAAUGUCCCUAUUCCACAUUCCAAUGUGUUUGAUUCUGUGCCCCAUCGCCUUGACUGUGAUCAGAUGAACAAAAGCAUCAGAGAACCAUUUCCAGAUGUGCAUAAGACCGGUGGAGGAGAAUCAAAAUGGUUUUACUUCUAUGGGUUCAUAGCUGCAUUUUUUGUUGUUGAAGUUUCCUUUAUUUCAUUUGCAUGGUUCUUUGUUUUGAGAAGAGAGCUUAGGCCAUCAGAAUUAUGGGCAGCUGAGGAAGGUUACAAAGUAAUGACUAGUAAUUUUAGAAGAUAUAGUUACAGAGAACUUGUGAAGGCGACCAGAAAAUUUGAAGUUGAGCUAGGAAGGGGAGCAUCAGGCACUGUGUACAAAGGUGUCCUAGAAGAUGAUAGGCAAGUGGCUGUGAAGAGGCUGGAAAAUGUAAGGGAAGGCAAGGAAGUGUUUCAAGCUGAGCUAAGUGUAAUUGGGAGGAUCAACCACAUGAACCUUGUGAGGAUAUGGGGCAUUUGUUCAGAAGGAUCUCAUAGGUUGUUGGUCUCUGAAUAUGUUGAGAAUGGAUCACUGGCUAACAUUUUGUUCAACGAAAAAAGCAAUAUCUUAUUGGACUGGAAGGGAAGGUUCAAUAUUGCAUUAGGUGUUGCAAAAGGGUUAGCCUAUCUUCACCAUGAGUGCUUAGAGUGGGUCAUCCAUUGCGAUGUGAAACCUGAGAACAUACUGUUAGACCAAACUUUUGAGCCCAAGAUCACUGACUUUGGGUUGGCAAAGUUACUAAACAGAGGAGGUUCCACCCAGAAUGUAUCCCAUGCACUAGAGUUUCAGGAGUUGGUGGAAGGUCCAGGUGAGGUGCACAAUAUGCUUAGAAAGCUUGUCAGGAUGCUUUCUGCUAAACUUGAAGGGGAGGAACAAUCGUGGAUUGAUGGGUUUGUGGAUUCAAAAUUGAAUCGUCCAGUCAACUAUCUCCAAGCAAGAACACUAAUCAAAUUGGCAGUUUCCUGCUUGGAGGAAGACAGAAGCAAAAGACCAACUAUGGAAUAUGCAGUCCAGACCCUCCUGUCAGCUGAUGACUGA